GUAAAAAUUGUCAGAAGGGUGACAUCGUUGAAGCAUGCAUGCACGCCGAACUUCCCAAUGGUACAUAAAAAGGGCCAUCUGCUCGACCCAGAUGAUAGAGGCUUGGAUGGUUAGGAAAGCAGGCCUGUCACUUGUUUUCUUCUUCGUCUUUUCCUCUCUCCCUGCCUAACACGACUCUUUUUGGGACCAUCAUCAUGCUUCCCUAUGUUCUCCUUCUGCUGUUCACAGCCUUGGUGAAUGCCUAUUCAGACCCGGGAGCCUGCUCGGGGUCCUGCUGGGCUCACGACCCCAAUGUCAUCCGUCGCAAGACGGACGGCAAGUUCUUUCGCUUUUCCACCGGACUGGGGAUCUUGAUCUCGUCCGCCAGUGCCAUCACCGGGCCCUGGACCGAUUUGGGGUACGUGCUGCCCAAUGGUUCAUCGGUGACAGUGGGGAAUGCAUCCAAUCUCUGGGCCCCGGACGUGCACUACGACAGUGGAACCUACUACCUGUACUAUGCCAGCUCCACGCUGGGCAGCCAAAGCUCGACGAUCGGGGUGGCCACCUCGACGACGCUGGAGGCGGGCUCGUGGACCGACCACGGCACCAUCGGGCUGACCUCGUCGUCGGCCAACACGUACAACGCCAUCGACGCCAACUGGAUCUCCAUCGGCGGCACCGGGUACCUGCAAUGGGGCUCGUACUGGCACGGCCUCUACCAGGCGCCCAUGACUAGCUCGCUGCAGAUCAGCUCCUCCACCCCGACCAACCUGGCCUACAAUGCCUCGGGCAACCACGCCAUUGAGGCGUCGUACCUCUUCGAGUACGGGGGCUACUACUACCUCACCUUUUCCAGUGGCCAGGCGCAGGGCUACACCAGCGGGCUCCCGGCACAGGGGCUCGAGUACCGCGUCGUCGUUUGCCGGUCGAAGACGGGGACGGGCAACUUUGUCGACAAGAACGGGGUCGCAUGCACCAACAGCGGUGGGACCACCGUUCUCGCCAGUCAUGACUACGUCUACGGACCCGGUGGACAGGGCAUCGUCAACACCACCAACCACGGCAUCGUGCUGUACUACCACUACGCCAACCCCAACAUCGGCCUGGACACCUCGCAGUACCAAUUCGGCUGGAACACCCUAACCUGGGUGGAUGGGUGGCCGACCGUUGCCUAAUUUACAAGCUUAUCCGAUACAGUCUACGUAUACCCUUGCUUGCUUACAUUGUUGAUGCCUUGCACCCAUGGGGAGAGUGGGUCAGCAAGUGGCGACCUUUCGCGAUCAAUCAACAAACACAGACCUUUCACUAGUGAGGGAGGAGUUAACUGCCUUCCGAACUGGGCAAAUAAUCGUCAUGACGUUUUGACCUUCGAAACAAGAAAUCUGAGCUCGAUUGCGAACGGACGACGGCGCUUGUUGGCUGGAUUUCCCCGUGGGAUUAGAUUGGAAUCUUCCCCGGGGGAUAGUGGGUGAAAGGAAGGAGGGGGGGCGGGGGUUACACUUCUUCUUUUCUCCUUUUAUCUUUGCAUAUAUUUUGGUAUAACUUUAGUACCUCGGUUCGAGUGAAUAUAUUUUGCACAUAUG